AUGGGUGGCAGUCAAUCAAAAGAUCUACAAACACCACAAGUUAUGCCUUCGGUAGAGGCCACGAGCAGCGCGACAAUUUUACAGCAAGCAGAGCAGCAGGAAGCAGAGAAAGCACCCGAGUCGAAAUGCCCGAUGCACAAGUCCGAUGGGUCCUACAGCUUUGAUUGGAGACAAAUGUUUAAGGCUGCCGAAGCUCACGGCCCUUCAGGUCGUAAACCAUUAUCAAAGGAGCAGCAAGAUGCUGCCAAGAAACCAAAGUCAAAUGACGCAGCUGGGGGCUGCCCUGUCGUUCAUGACACGAAUCAAAAGCAAGACGAGUCAAGCGGAUGCCCUGUUCACCCAAAGUACAAUGUUUACUCUCAACCAAUUGAUAAAACCAACCAAAUGCCCAAGGGAGUCAAGACACAAUUACCUACAGCUAUGCAGAGAGAAGAGCUCUCUACAAGUAGAGUUUCGUCCACAAUCCCAAAGGGAGGAGGAGAUGAUGGCUCAACUCGCGAGACAUGGACCUAUCCCAGUCCCCAACAAUUCUACAAUGCUUUAGCCAGAAAGGGGAAACUAGGUGACGAUACCGCUGAAGAAGAUAUGGAAAGUGUUGUGGCAUUGCACAAUAAUAUGAAUGAAAAAACGUGGGCUCAAGUGGUUGAAUGGGAAAAGCAAACAUAUGGCCCAAACAAGCCAAAACUGCUCAAGUUUGCAGGUCGACCCACUGAUUUGUCACCAAAAGCCAUGGUCAAGCACUACCUACUCAAUCACCCUCUGCCAUUCGAUCGCCAUGAUUGGACAGUGUUGCGUGACAACGGAGAAACUGUCCGUUACGUCAUUGACUACUAUUAUGAUGAGACUCGGGGUCAAAAUAUGGAAAAUGAAAAACUACCAGAAUUGCACGAUAGAGACGCAUCUCCAACAUUGCUCAUUGACGUUCGACCUGCUCUAGAUGGUCCAGAGCAGCUACUUGCCCGAGCUGUAAAGAUGCCCUACAAGAUUUGGAGUGCGGAGACAACGUUCACUCCCAUGCCCCUUAAAGGUACCGCCCAAAUGUCGACUCAAGUGGAAGAAUCCAAAAAUGUGUGGAAGAUGAUUCAAGAUUCAGUAAAGGAAAGUCCAGUUGACGAGAGCCAGUCUUUGGAAAACAUGGUGAUGUCAGAGUCUGACGCGAAGAAAAUUGCUAUCAACUUUUCCAAUGCGUUGAAGAGCUGUAGAAGUGUGCAAAAGAAAGUAGACUCUUGCCAGACCGAGGACGAGUGCAUGAAAGCAAGUAUGGACCUUACAAUGUGCUUGGGACCAAAGUUUUGUCCAGUGCAGCACGCGAGUUUAGUGAAGACUUUGAAAGGUGACGAUGAGCUGAAGAUCGAAGCAGCCCUUACAACGCUGUCAGAGUGCGUGGCAUUCCAAGGUGCAAAACGACACAUUGCACAACAGCAACAUCCAUCUAUAUUCAAGUAA